UUGUGAGUGAGUCGGCCGUCUCAGCGAGCGAAAGUCUCGUGUUGUGAUAUCGAGGCUUGAUUGAUGGACGAAAAGACGAAUUAGGUGCGACCCUUCGAUUCGCCCUGCUGAAACGAUCUCGAAAGCAUCUGCAGACGUGGAGAGCAGCCAGAAGUGCGUCGUGAUGCGAGUUAGCGGGCAGUGCCAACAAGUUUGAUAAUGGUUGUCAAGACGAUAUUGUUGUAUCUCUACGCCCUGCUGAAGCGGUUUCUAUGCAGACGUGACAAUGCAUUGGAGGAAAUAUUAAAAAAAGGAGAAAAAGAAGGUCGUCCCAAUGAACAGGCAAGCCUUGGUUUCUUUAAAACGGACGGCCAGAUAAAUAUUCCCGCAAACGACGUCUUUGUCCUUGUCGUCCACUAUGAUUUUGAGAACCAAGCAAUUGCUCGAGAAGGGGAUUCUAAUGACGUGCAGAACCUGAAAACAACGUUCGGAAAUAACAGGAAUUGCAACUUUCGUGAUCUGAAAUCACCGAAAAAAGAGCAUUUGCUCGAUAUUCUUGGUGAUCAGAAAGAGCUGUUACGAUUUUUCUCCUCGAAAGAUCCCCCAGACGUGUUUCUCCUUUUUGUGCUAUCUCAUGGAUAUGAAGAUGGCAUCAUUUAUACCGACCACUUACUCGACGAUCAAAAAACAAACGCUCAUUUCACGACAGAUGAAGUCUUCGACUCGAUCAAAAAGUUGACCAAGUUCGAAAAGUGCCUCAAACUGAUCAAUUUCGGCCCCUGUCGCGGGGAAUUACCCGAUCCAAAAUUCAACAGGAAUAAGGAAGUGUGUGAAGAGACGUACAAAAACCGAAACGCCAGUAGGAUCACGUUCACUCCAGCAAUCCACAAUUUGGUGGUUUUCUAUUCAACCGUCGAAACAACGCUAGCAAACAGAAAUGAACUUGGGUCUUGGUUUGUACAAAAAUACUGUGACUGUUUAAAUCAGACUGAGGAAAAGCCGUUGUUGACAUUCCUCUCGAUGGUGCAGAACAAGGUGCACUUUUCGUCCAUGCCUAAUUUGAAUACACGCGAAUCCCUGGGUCAGACGCCAGAAUUAAAGAUGUUCUCUCAAGACCGAGAAUUCUUUAUUUCAAGGUCACUGAUUGCUCCAGUGACAUUCCCAAACACUGAUGGAAAAAUGGUGAAACCUGGGUCGAAUACGACGUAUUCCAAACAAUUCACAUGGAAGUCUGAUGAAGGACAAAACAUUAGAGGUCGAAACGCAUUCAUUUUGUAUGAAAAACGUGAUGAACAAGUAGAAAAACUUGUUAAGUCUGUUCGUAACUUGGAUUUUGAGACAAGAUUAUUUCAACUAAACAAACUCUCUUUGGACUCGUAUUUAAAAAUCUGUAGUGAGUUAGAACACGACGUCGGCUGCAUUUUGACAUGCAUUUUUGGCGAAGUGAGUGAAAACGAUGCGAAGGAAGUUUGCAUUCUUGUCGGACAAGAGAAGAAGCCACUCACAGAUAUUCUGCACAGCUUUGUCGGACCGAAAAACGCCAAGUGGAUCGGAAAGCCAAAAAUAUUUGUUCUAAUUAACCAAGAGGCUUCGAAACGUGACACACUCUCACCAGAGGGAAAGUUUGAUAUUUCGGCUACGAAUCACAGUGGCUGGCUGGUUCUGAUUUUAAAGGAUAAAGAUUUGUUAGAAAAGCUGAUCAGGAUCUUCAAAAGCAAGGAUCUCAAAAAAGGAAAAAGUCUACAGGAGAUGUUGUAUUCUUUGCUGAUUUCUGAAUCAAAGAAGAACAAAGUUUUGCUCAACUCUACGCUGCAAUACCUCCUCGACUUCCCCGACUGGCCACGUACUUUCGUCAGUCAGAGUUUCAGAUUGAGGGAAAAUGAUAGCUCGAAGGUCAAUACCUUUGAAUUUGAUGAGACGGUUAGAGAAGCAAAAAAAUCCUUUGAUAGGGGGCAUGUUUGGCUCAUGAGUUCAGUUGCUGGAUCCGGAAAGACGACAGUUCUAAAAGAAAUAGCUUACCAACUCGGGAAAUCUAACCCUGAAUUGAAAAUUUUGUAUAUUUCGCUGAAGAAACAUUCGUUAACAAUUUUGAACAAGCCCACCUUGAACCAAUUCCUUGCUAGUGCAACAUUUCAUUCCACAGACGACAUCAAAAGGUGGAUUGAGGAGAAAAAAGCCAUUGUUUUCUUUGACGGUUUCGAUGAAAUUGAUCCUCAUCUUAGAGAAAAAGUGAUCACAUUGUUCCAUUCUUUGAAAGGAAGGGAAGUAUCCAUGUUUAUUGCAACCAGACCUCACGAGGCAGAAAUAAUCAAGGAACGCAUUGUUUGCGACGUACUUGUAGGGGUUGAACCUCUGAACGAAGAAAAGCAAAUCAAUUUCUUGAAGAUUGUGACAGGAAAGAAUGAAGAAGAAUGCAAACAGUUUUUAACUGAUUUCGAGGAGAAAGAUAUUUUGGAGAAUUCGUUGCAUCUAUCGUUGCUAGCCUCAAUUAGAAGCGAAGGAAACUUGUAUCAAAUUUACGCAAAGGUCGUUGAGAAGAAACUUGAGCUCUGCCUACUGAGGGAUGGAUACAACAUUGACGACAGCACAAAUUUCCGUCUAAAGAUGGCAUUGGCUUCGAUACAUCUCCAGUUGAUUGCUUUACGCUUCCUGAGGAAUGAGAACCUGAUUGGACGCGGAAUAAGCAGGGAAGACUUGGAAAAGAUGAACGACUACGGCGUUGCGACUGUUCUGGACGGAGAAGUCACGUUUUUGCACCAGACGUUUGCUGAAUUCCUGGCUACAAAGCAGUUCUUGGAUGAUUUUAAUCUGUCACAGUUAUUGGAUUCGGCGCUUUUCCAAGAUAGUACUUCUGCGCAGUGCAGGAAGUUUCUGGACUUAUUCUACUGCACUCAGCAAAAAGAAAAACCUGAAGACUUGGGGGAUCAUGUGGAGGCUCUUUUAGCUGUCGCCAAAUCGAUUGGUCCUAACAAUUUCUUGAAAAAGGUUUUGGAAAAUAAUCUAAGACAGGUUUUCUUAAUGAUUAAGCCCCGAAUUUCGUUUCAUGCAAAUUCAAAUUCUUCCAUUUGCAUGGAAAAAAGCCCAGAGCUGUUGAUGAGUGCAAUCGGCAAUGAACAAAUUGCCGUUCAACUGCUGGAAAUGGGAAUUGUUGAUAAAUCAAGUUUGGAACAAAUUUUGCCUGAUUUGCUGCGAAAUAUUGAAGAGAAUAAUUCUGUUGUCGUCCUAGAGAAAUUCAGAUUGGAAUUUGCGGAUCUUCCACUUAUGAUUGAAGCCUGCUAUUCCAACGAUUCUGAAACGAGCAAAAAUCUGAAGAAAGUAGGAUUUACAGCAAUCCGAAAUGAUUUUGACAUUAUUCUCGAGAUGCUUAUCCAGAUUGGAAUUCGUGCUGUUGAUGCAUUUGAUGAAGAAGAAAACAGUCUCUUUGCGGCUUGCAGAUAUGGAAGUGUCAAGUGCUUCAGAGUUCUGCUCAAACACGGAGCUCAAAAAGUAAUUUAUGGCAGUACCCUCUAUGAUCCUUUGAAUGUGGCCACAGAAUUCGGUCAUUUGGACCUGCUGAAGUUCCUAAUGGAAGAAAAUCCCAGCUUAUUCAAAAGAGAUGAAUCCACAUUGGUUCUCGAUGGGCUGCAAGAUAUUUGGAAUCCAUUCCAAUAUGCUAUCAUGUACGGACGCAAAGAAAUAGCCACGUAUUUUCUUUCAAAGUGCCCUGGUUUGAUUGAAAGUAAAACGAAGGAUGGUAAAAACCCAAUGCAACUGGCAGCUAUUAUGAGAAAGUGGGAAGUACUCGAAUGGCUAGCUCAGUUACCAAACACUGAUAUCAAAUCUUUGAUCCCUGACGGAGAGAGUGUAUAUUGGACGCAAUUUGAGCUGGAAAAUUAUGAGCACUUCUUGAUGCUUCAAGGCGGAGUCAAAGAAAAGGAUAAAAAGGGGAGAAGUGUCCUUCAUUACGCUGCAAAGUACGGUUAUACUGAUCUUGUUGCAAAAUUCAUCGAGGCCGGUGCCGACAUCGAAGCCACGGACGUUGACGGCUGGAACGCGUUACACUUUGCUUGUCUGUUAGACAAAAAUAUUGAAACAAUUAAGCUACUACAUUCACGGAGCAAACAACUUGCUAAGGGAAAGACAAGUAAAGGACAAACAGCUUUGCAUAUUUUGGCGCAAUAUUGCAACCCAAAGGAUUUUGGAAAAGCAAUUUCGAGUAGCGUGGACAUUGCGAGGUUUUUGUUUGAAGACGCUGGUGUUGAUUUAAGUGCCAAGGACAAUGAAGAUGAUAGAGCUUCUGGUAUAGCUGAUGAAAGAGGACUAGACAAAUCAAUAAUAAUGUUUCUAAGAGUACAACACAUUGAUCCUUCCGCAAAGUAUGACUUGAUGAAUUCAUCGGUGAUUUUCUCCGUAUCAGAAGCUGGUGAUUUGCUGUCACUGCAACAAUGGAUUCAACAAGGCGGAGAUUUGUCAAUGAGAGAUGAAUCUGGACGUACGGCAUUGCAAUUAGUGGAAGAGAAAGGGGAGUUUAGAUUAAUGCAGAAGAAGAACGAAACUGGACAGAAUAUGCGGUUCAAUGAACAAGAGAGGGAGAGUUCACUCUUGCUUGCCUGUAAACAAAAGAACUGGGAUAAGGUUAAAAAUUUGCUUGAAUCCAAGAAUUCGAGCAUCAACAGGCAAGACAAAGAUGGAAGAACGGCUCUGCAUUAUGCCGCAGAAGAAGGACAUUUUGGUUUGGUCUUCCAGUUGCUUAGCCAAAGAGCUGAUAUGCAUGUGAAGGAUCACAAUGGAUGGACGGCGUUGCAUUACGCCAUUCUAACGAACAAUAAAGAUUUGGUUCAAAUGCUGCUCGAAAGUGGUGCUGAAAUCGAUUCGAAAACUAAGAGGGGAGAAACAGCUCUGCACCUCGCAGCCUACAAAGGCUCAACAGAAUUAACGAUAAAAUUGAUACAAUGUGGUGCGGAUGUAAAUUCCAAGAACAAUCAUGGUUUGACAUGUUUAAACAUCGCCACAGUUAAUAGAAAUCUGGAUUUGUUGGAAGUUCUCUUAAAAAAUAAAGCUGAUGUCAACAAUGAAUAUAAGCUUUUUGGAAAUACCCCUCUGCACCAUGCUGCACUAGAGAACUAUCCAGAAAUUUUAGAAAUGCUUGUCAAUCAUGGCGCCGAUGUGAAUUUACAAAAUAAAAAUGGAUGGACAGCUCUGCACUUAGCUGCAAGGUAUAACCCAGAACUGAGUCAAACGCUGCUAGAUCACGGUGCUGAUGUUAAUUCAAAAGAAAUUGAUGCAUGGACUCCUCUGCUCCUUGCUGCAAGGUUUUAUCCAGAGCUGAGUAAAACGCUUUUAAAUCAUGGUGCUGAUGUAAAUUCAAAUACAAAAAUGGGAUCUUCUCCUCUGCACUUUGCUGCAAGGUAUAAUCCAGAACUGAGUCAAACGCUCCUGGAUCACGGUGCUGAUAUUAAUUCAAAAGAAAUUGAUGCAUGGACUCCUCUGCACUUUGCUGCAAGGUAUAAUCCAGAACUGAGUCAAACGCUCCUGGAUCACGGUGCUGAUAUUAAUUCAAAAGAAAUUGAUGCAUGGACUCCUCUGCACUUUGCUGCAAGGUAUAACCCAGAACUAAGUCAAACGCUGCUAGAUCACGGUGCUGAUGUUAAUUCAAAAGAAAUUGAUGCAUGGACUCCUCUGCACUUUGCUGCAAGGUAUAAUCCAGAUCUGAGUCAAACGCUACUAGACCAUGGUGCUUAUGUAAAUUCAAAUACAAAAAUGGGAUCGUCUCCUCUGCACUUUGCUGCAAGGUAUAAUCCAGAGCUGAGUCAAAAGUUGCUGGACCAUGGUGCUGAUGUGUAUUUAGAAAAUAGAGAAGGAUGGACAGCUCUGCACGUUGCUGCAAGGUAUAAUCCAAAAUUAGCACUAAAGCUGAUCGACCACGCCAUAGAUGCGGAUAUUUUGGAAUCAAAAUUCAAAAAUGAAUGGACUGCGUUGCACCUUGCUAUGGAAAUCAACUGCCCAGAAUCAGUGCAAAAGCUUCCCGGCAAGGGCGCCGAUGUUAAUUUACAAAAUGGUGAUGGAUCCAAGGCCCUUCAAUUAGCCAAAGUACAGAACUAUCGAGCACUUGAGGAAAUGCUCCUCGACCAGAGAAUUUUUAAGAGUUUAAAACUCACGACAGGAACUUCAGCUCUAACACUCGCCAUUGAAUCAAACAAUUUGACAGUUGCUGAAAAUCUAAUUAAUAAUGGAGGUGAUUUGACGGUUCGUGACAAGAAUGGAAGAAAUAUUUUACUGCAUGCUUUGAAGAACUUUGAAAUGGUAAAAUACUUGCAUGAGAAAAACGGUGAAUUAGUGAAGCAAGUGACAAACGAUGGCAGCACUUACCUGCACCUUGCAAUUGACAACGACGACUGUCCCUUUGAAGUGAUCCUUUGGCUCAUCGAAGAAAUUAAAAUCGAUGCGAAUGCAACGAAUGAAUUCGGUGAGACAGCGUUUAUGAUGGCUUGUAGUAAGAAUCGAAGUGACGUCGUCGAAUAUUUGUUGACAAACAAGGACAUCGACUUAAGCAAUAAAGAUAGAGGUGGGAGGACUGCCCUGCACCAUGCCGUCACAUCAGGAUGUGUGGAUUUAGUGCAAAAUCUGCUCGAUCGUGGCGCUGAUUUGAGGAAAAAGGACGAUGAAAACAGAAAUGUCAUGUUUUACGGAUUGAAAAGUAAGGAAAUGAUUUUAUAUCUAAACAGGAAAAAUUCGGAAUUCAUAAAAGCAGUGGACACUCUACAAAACACUUUACUUCUGUAUGCGAUCGAAUUUUUUUAUAUGGUUGAUAGGGAUGUGGUUCAUUGGCUAAUCAAUGAAUCCGGAAUCGAUCUAAAUGCCGUGGACGAUGAGGGCAAUUCAGCUUUUAUUGUGGCCUGUAUGAGGAGAAAGUGGGAUUUUGUCGAAACUCUAUUGACGAAGGAUGUGGAUAUCCAAGUUAAAGAUGAAGAAGGAAAAAACCCUCUACAUUAUGCUGCAGAAUCAGGAUACUUUGAUUUGGUGCAGAAGCUUAUCGAACGUGGUGUCAAUCCGACUUUGAAAGACAAUCUCGGAAAGAACACAAUGCACUACGCAUUGCAACACUUGGAUAUUGUUAAAAGCUUGGACAGAGAACUGGCGAAGGAAGUGACCAAAGAUAAAAACACUUCCUUGCACAUUGCAAUCGGGAUAUAUGAUUAUUCGAUUGAGGUGAUUCGGUGGCUCUUAGAUGAAGCUCAAGUAGACGUGAACGCUAAAAAUCUAAAUGGUGAGACUGCGUUGAUGAUUGCAUGUUCAAAAAAUAGGUUUGAAGUCAUACAAAUUCUUGUGGAGAAAAAAGCAGAUGUCAGCAUUCAGGACAACAAAGGACGAACAGCUCUGCACCAUGCAGCAAGAUCGGGACACUUGGACUUAGUUAAAAUUCUGUUUGAUCAUAUGGCCUCAGAGAAGGACGAAGAUGGCUCUCUGAACAUUCAACAGACUCUCGUUGAACUUGUCAAACACGUUGACAAGGAGGACAACACAUUGUUAGUCUUGGCGAUGGAAAGUAGCGAAAAGUUUGACGAGAGUGUGAUUAGUUGGCUGGUCGAUAACAAAAAAUUAGAUUUGAAUGCGGUAAACUGCAAUGGCGAAUCAGCUCUUCUUCUCGCUUGCAAGCACAGAAAAUGGGACGCCGUUGACAUUUUGCUGUCCAGAGAAGACACAAUCAUCGGUUCCAAAGAUCAGAAGGAAAGAACUCCUUUGCAUUGGGCAGCGUUUUCUGGAAACCUGGAUGUAGUUCAGAUGCUGGUCGAGCGUGGCGCUGAUUUAACUUUGAAGGACAGCGACGGAAUGAACGUGAUGCACCAUGCCCUGAAAGACCUGGAAACUGUAAAAUUCCUGCACAAUCUGAACAAAGGGCUUGUGACGGAAAUCACGAAAAACGGAAGCACCUGUUUUCACCUGGCAGUCAUUCGCGGCUCACCCGAAGUAAUUCGUUGGCUAGUCGAUGAGGGAAUCGAAGUCGAUCUGGACAAAAGCAAUGAGCUUGGUUUGACCGCUCUUUUGCUUGCAUGCCGCAAAAAUAUGUGGGAGGUCGUUGAGUUUUUGGUGGACAACAAAGUGGACAUCACCAAAUCAGAUCGAGCGGGUAAAACUGUAUUAAACUACGCUAAAGAAUCAGAUCAAUUAAAGUUGGUGGAAUUACUGAAUAAGUUGAGCGCUCCUAAUUCAGGUGGAAAAAUUCGGUCCCAGUGGAACCGAAUAUUUCGCUUUCAGCGGAUCAAAAAUAUUUGGUCAAAAUAACUGUCAAGUGCAACUACAUGAUUUCUUAAAUUUUAUCAUCUCUAUAAGGUAUUUCAGAUGUUUGUGUUGAACUGUAUAUAAAAUGAAAUAUGUUUUUUCGGUAUAUUGUGUUGGGGACUAUUAUAUUGUAUAUUUAUAUGUUUUUAAUGAAUAUAAUGUUGGAGUAACAAUAAUUAAAAUGUGUAUUUAAAUAUAAUUAUCGUUUCUUUUUUUAAAAUCACCUCAGCACAUUACAUAUACAUGCUAAAAAGUGGCCUCGUGUAAGCGAGAAAUAUAGUAGGUUGAAUAUUCAAAUUUUAUUUUGAUAACCUUCAAGCUUAAGCUUAAGGAAGUUUUUUCUACAUAAGAACUCUUAUCAUUUUACCUGGUUUACGCAAAAUAUUUCCAGAUUAGAAGGUAUUAAUUUAAGGACGUUAUGUAGUAAAUUAAUUAUUGAUAGAAAAAAAAAGAAAAUUUUAAAUAGAUUUUAAUUUGGAACUUUUAUUCGUUUUAAAUUUUGAAACUCAUCAGUUAAUAUCUAAAAUAAAGUUAAAAAGUAAAUGCGGUAGUGAUAGAACUGCUGUGAGCUGGUCUUACUCCUCAGGUUUGUCAAAUGUUACCAAAUUGCACUUAUAUAUCGUAGAUUCUUGUAACGCUAUAUUAGUUUAUAUAUCUUCUUUAUAUUAAAGUAAAGGAGAGGUGCCUCUUACCAGGAAGCGGUGCACCUCAGUCUCCCUGAAAGCAGAAAACAAACUGCACCUUGAGCCAGGGUCGAACAACACCUUUUUUCCAUUCCUCUGAAGUUGUCUUGGCCGAUGCGGUGGACGCGGCCCGGCACCCGCAGCUCGCUCGCAGGGUUCAGGAUCGGCUCGUUGAGGAAGACGUGCGGCACCUCCGUCAGGUUCAGACCCUUUGAACCCCGAGCGACCGACGGGAAGCAGCAGCAUCGUCACCUUCUUCUGCGCGCGUCCUGAACUAACGGUAAACCAGAAUUUUGAGUCCCGCAAAAGGAUCGAAAUCCGAAAGAGGGGAAAUUCACGUCCUGACAGGUAGGAACAAUUGAUCCUGAACUCAGUUUCAAGGUCUCUGGAUAUCAGGAGAAAGGUUGUUUUUUGUUCCGUAUAUAGCUGUGAAAUUGUAUCAUUAUUACGUAGCUUCAUGUUUGAAUCAGACAUCAACAGUUGGCGCCAGUUUAUUUAACUUCCCGUUUAUUUUGGAAUUAAACCUGGUGUGCUUCCAUAAUCGUAAAUUACUCCGUGUUGUCACAUUUUAUGAUCCAGCUUGAAUAUUUUUUAGUUUACCUGACGCCUGGUUUAGAUAUCUGUAUCGAAAUUUGUAUUUAAUAGCUGAAAAUUUGAAUUUUCAUCUCUGGAACGGCGAAGUAUGAUAUUUGAGCGUCCUAAAAUUUGGUUGGGAAGCGAAUUAAAUUGAUAUAUCAAAUUUUGUAAUGAGAAUUCCUUUAAAACUAUUGUAUACCUUGAUUAUAGGUCGACAGCCUCCUGGACCUGAGCGCAGGAAAUUUCGUUUUCGGUCAACUUCCUCUGCAGCACGUCCAGCAUGCGAAAAACCAUAUUUCCCCCCCCCCCCUCGCGUUUAAUUUCCCCAACCGAUUUAUUAUUAAAACAAUGUCUCACGUUGGAGAAAAGGAGGAUUUCGGCUGCAGGGUUGGCGUCGAGGAUGGCCUUGGCAGCGCGGACGACGGCGCCGGCCGCUUCACCUCCUCGAAACACUCGACGCAGAAGCAGUUCCCGCAAACCACCACCGUCCAUCUCCAUCGCUCAAAUUGUCAAUGUGCAAACGACUUUUAAAGGGAAAGCACAUCAUAUAUGGAAAAGGUCUCAGGGUUUUCGGCGCCAUCGGAGGCGAUGUCGUUCUGCCCGAGGUUGAGAAGGUAGUGCAGCUGGCCCUUACGUUCGCCCUUCCAGGGUGAGCCCGCAGCACCUGCAGCUCAAUCACGUGGACUUGUGUUCGACUCUCUGUAGAGUAAAUUGUCUAUAUUUUAUAUUAUAGUAAAAUGUAUCACUAGCAACUCGUGUCGAGACACUAUUCAGCCGCGAAACCAGAAGAAAAAAUGUUUCGUAGAUAUAAAAUUGGCUUAUUUGUUUAUUUUUUCCUUUAUUGUCUGUCGCGCGAAUUCUGUUUAACUUUGGCGUCUUUCACGCCCCAAAAUAUAUUUUUCCGAUCACUGACUGGCACGUGACACCCUAAGGGAUGUCAAAUCCAUGCCCCGAGCCUUUGAGGCGGUUCUCUGCCUUCCUAGAAAAAACAAGCCCAUUUUCGCGGAUGCAAUGAGUACGUUGGUGUAAAUUUCUGUUUUUAUAAAAUAAAAAAGACAAAUAAACUUGAAAACUAUUUGAUU